CCGCGCGGUUGUUGGCGUCCCUAAGAGAUUGUGGUGGUAUGUGUCGUGGUUGGAAAAUCAUUGUAAAAGCGGAAUUGUGACUCUUAGUGAGUAUUGGUUACACGUUCCUGUGACAUGAAUGGUGUGAAACGUUCAUUUAAGCUAUCCACAUUCUUAAUUUCUACUGGGAUUCCUUCAUUUGACGAAUUACUUGGUGGUGGUGUGACCUCAGGAAGUAUAGUUCUUAUCGAGCCAGAUUUUCACCAAACAUAUGCAAAACUGCUCUUAAAUUUGUUCGUAGCAGAAGGUAUAUUAUCGGGUCAUAGUAUAUUCUAUGGUGCAACGGAAACAUUUGACAAUUUACUAUGUAAAUUACCAGAUCAUAUGACUUCUACAAAUGAGAUCGAAGAAGAAAUUUCAGAUCUUAAAAUCGCUUGGCGUUAUCAAAAUGUCCCAAACACCAAGAAUGUAAAUUCAUCUGUAUCGAGUUUAGGGCAUCAUUUCAAUAUAACCAUACCCAUGAAUGCAACUGCUCGAAUAUCUGAGAAAAAUGUGUCAACUUGUUAUUUUCAACCGGAUAGUAAAAAAACAUUGCAUACCAAUCUCUUCAGUUUAAUUCAAAAAUUAAUUAUUUUUCGAUUAAACACAAAAGUGUCUUCAGGUAUACAACGGAUAGUGAUAAACUCAUGCGGCUCUCCUAUGUGGGGUUAUUGCAAAGAUACUCAACAGUUCUACAGGAAUAUGCUUAAUUUCUUUGCUACAUUACGCCUGCUAAUUCAAAACAGUCACUGUACAGUUUUCGUCACGUUACCUACAAUGAAGCUACCGCCUGGUCUAUUGACUCGUCUAUCUCAUUACUGUGAUUAUAUGUUUCGAGUACAAGGUCUGCGUGACCAGAUACAGGCGAAUCCAGUGUAUUCAGAAUAUGAUGGUCUACUCACAGUUCUUCAUAUUCCUUGGUUAAUCAGUGGGAAUACACUUGAACCGGCUUUCAGAUCAUCUACACUUGAAUGGUGUUUCAAGAUAAAACGACAUCAGCUAGUUGUGCAGCAUUUUCACUUACCACCUUCUCUAUCCGAUACAGUAAAUAGAUCCAAUGCACCGGAAGCAGUCUUCACAUGUUCCAAAUUGCACGAAAAUCAGUUAGAAUUUUGAAUUCGCCUACUACUAUUGAAGACAAAGGAGAAAAAAUAAGCAUACUUAUUUAUUUGUACACUUUAUUGAAAUAAAUUCUCAUAUUAAGUCGAUUAUUUUUUCUAAUUGUGGUGUCGUUACUUCACUUACUUGUAGACUGUUGUAAAUAUACAUGUGUGUUUACUAUGACUGAAUACUAAUUGAUAAUAUCGUGUUAUUUCUAGUCCAUUUUACUGCUCAUUUUCCACCGAUCACGUGACUCAACAUCAUGAUACUCCUAAGACUAGGAAAAUAUGACGUUGGUUACCUGUUAUUGUUACUAACUUGUCAAUCACGUACAGAUUCGUAUAAUUAGCUUUUAGUUACAGUCAAAGUGUGGUAGAUAGUGGUACUACCCGGUUGCUCAAACCAAAAAGCUUCGGAGUGAGUUUGAAUCUGCGACUUAGUGACUUAAGGUUGAGUACAUCAACGAUUGAUACAUAUUAGUUGGCUAGAUGACAUUUUGUUUAUUUAUUUCUAUUUAAACUUAUAAACAUUGGUACAAGAAGACACCAAAUAUAUGUGCACCUCACAAAUUAGUUGGUUUGUGUGAGCUGAGAUACUACCCGGUCAUCCAAACCGAAGCAGGUGGUUUUCUUAGGGCACCAAUCCCCAAGAUCACAUUAACACCAAAAUAUUUUGUUUAGUAAAUUGUUCUUUGCAUUAGGACCUCGUCUUCUUUGUCAUUCCGGUAAAGUUUUUUAAAUAAAUAUUUUUACAGGGACAUAGUUUUUAAAUUGAUUGAUACCAGAAUAGCAACCAAUAUACUAUAAUUUGUCUGAUCAAAGUGCAAUGUGGUCACACCAGUCUAAAUGAUUGUAUAUCGUGUACAGGUUGUUAAAAAAAACAGUCUACAUGAAAGGGUGCAUUAUAAGCGGUGGUUAACAAAUUUGACUUCCCACCUCACCUAGUUAAGUUUGUAGAACCCGAUAGCAUCAUCACUCCUCAAAUUAAGAAACAUGUAGCUUAAAGUCAAGUAAAUAAAUCUUUACCUAAUAAAUUAAAAGCAUAUUAACAAUCAAAAUAGGGAAAUAUCUUUAUACGGUUACAAUUCAAAGAAUAUUACUCGAUCCAUUUAUUUCAAUUUAAACAACUCAAUUGCAAUCAAGUACACGAAUGUGUAUGCAAUAACUGCUGUCAUAUUAGAUUCCUUCCAUUUUAUUCAAUAAUGAUAAUCAAUGUAUUACUUAAACAUUGAUAAUAAAUAUAUUUUUGUGAUAUUCCAAUGAAUGGGAAAUUGUAUUUCUGAUGUUUGGGAACUUCAUUGUUGCUAAUACAAUUUCCUACUCAUUAGAAUAUAACAUAAAAUAUGUUAUUAACCUUCUACUCAAUGCUCAAUUUACUUGAAGCUACUAAGUUUAACCUUGGCAUUGAUACCUACAAACAUGAGAAUUAAGUUGUAGAAAGACUAUAUUAGGUGUUAAUCUUGGAUGUUGUUAAGACCGUUAUCAGCUAUAAUUCAGAAAUCAUAUCUUAAUCCUAGUUCCUAGCUUGAUAAAUCAUUCAUUUUCUUUUAAAGAGUUUUCUAAUUAGCCGUAACGAUUAUCACUUGAAAGUCAUUCAGACUGUAUACUUAAGAUUUACCCAAUAUUAGUGAUUUUAUAUUUAACUAUUGUUUAUAAAUGAUAUACUUUUCUAUUUGCUUGUGUUCUUAUUUUGUCUAAUAGUUAUUUCUGGAGAUUGUUGCUAAUGGUUACCACAC